GAAAGUGAAGGUUCAGAAGGCUGGAGAGAGAUUCGAACCCUAGGCAUGCUCAGUCCGGCUCUGUGCCAGCCCUUCACCUUUGCCCACAGCCGCCCACUUGGCAACAGGUUCUAUCUCUGCUGGCUGCUGUGCCAGGCCCCGCCCCCGCCCAGCCUGGCAGGUGUCAGGAGACGUCAGAGCCGGGUCCUGCCUCCUGACGGGAGAGGCCCCACCUCUUGCUGGACCGCAGAGCCGGCCUCACCUGGGUGCUGGAGAGGAUCUGGACUCGGAGGCCUCCCCAUCUCUACCGCCAGGUGCCCAGACCAUGGCUGCAGUGACCAUGUCCGCGUCUGGGAGGAAGGUAGCCUCCAGGCCAGGCCCGGUGCCUGAGGCAGCCCAAUCGUUCCUGUUCGCGCCCCGGACGCCAAACGUAGGUGGCCCUGGAGGGCCACAAGUGGAGUGGACAGCCCGGCGCAUGGUGUGGGUGCCCUCGGAACUGCAUGGGUUCGAGGCAGCAGCCCUGCGGGAUGAAGGGGAGGAGGAGGCAGAAGUGGAGCUGGCAGAGAGUGGGCGGCGCCUGCGGCUGCCCAGGGACCAGAUCCAGCGCAUGAACCCACCCAAGUUCAGCAAGGCAGAAGAUAUGGCUGAGCUCACCUGCCUCAACGAGGCCUCGGUCCUGCACAACCUGCGAGAACGCUACUACUCCGGGCUCAUUUAUACCUACUCUGGCCUCUUCUGUGUGGUCAUUAACCCGUACAAGCAGCUACCCAUCUACACGGAGGCCAUUGUUGAAAUGUACCGGGGCAAGAAGCGCCACGAGGUGCCACCUCACGUGUAUGCUGUGACGGAGGGCGCGUACCGCAGCAUGCUUCAGGACCGUGAGGAUCAAUCCAUUCUCUGCACGGGAGAGUCUGGCGCUGGGAAGACGGAGAACACCAAGAAGGUCAUCCAGUACCUGGCCCAUGUGGCAUCAUCUCCAAAGGGCAGGAAGGAACCUGGUGUCCCUGCCUCCGUCAGCACCAUGUCUUAUGGGGAGCUAGAGCGGCAGCUUCUUCAAGCCAACCCCAUCCUAGAGGCCUUUGGCAAUGCCAAGACAGUGAAGAACGACAACUCUUCCCGAUUUGGCAAAUUCAUCCGCAUCAACUUUGAUACUGCUGGCUACAUCGUGGGAGCAAACAUCGAGACCUAUCUGCUGGAGAAGUCCCGGGCCAUCAGACAGGCCAAGGACGAAUGCAGCUUCCAUAUCUUCUACCAGCUGCUAGGGGGCGCUGGGGAGCAGCUAAAAGCUGACCUCCUUCUGGAGCCCUGCUCCCAUUACCGCUUCCUGACCAAUGGGCCCUCAUCGUCCCCGGGCCAGGAACGGGAGUUAUUCCAGGAGACCCUGGAGUCCCUGCGUGUGCUGGGCCUCCUCCCAGAAGAGAUCACUGCCAUGCUGCGCACUGUCUCUGCUGUCCUCCAGUUUGGCAACAUUGUCCUGAAGAAAGAGCGCAACACGGACCAGGCCACCAUGCCUGACAACACAGCUGCCCAGAAGCUUUGCCGCCUCUUGGGACUCGGAGUGACCGACUUCUCCAGAGCCCUUCUCACACCCCGCAUCAAAGUGGGCCGAGACUAUGUUCAGAAAGCACAAACCAAGGAGCAGGCUGACUUUGCGCUGGAGGCUCUGGCCAAAGCUACCUACGAGCGCCUGUUCCGCUGGCUGGUUCUGCGGCUCAACCGUGCCCUGGACAGAAGCCCACGGCAGGGUGCCUCCUUCCUGGGCAUCCUGGACAUCGCGGGCUUUGAGAUCUUCCAGCUGAACUCCUUCGAGCAGCUGUGCAUCAACUAUACCAAUGAGAAGUUGCAGCAGCUGUUCAACCACACCAUGUUCGUGCUGGAGCAGGAGGAGUACCAGCGAGAGGGCAUCCCCUGGACCUUCCUAGACUUCGGGUUGGACCUGCAACCUUGCAUCGACCUCAUUGAGCGUCCGGCCAACCCUCCAGGUCUCCUGGCCCUGCUGGACGAGGAGUGCUGGUUCCCCAAGGCCACGGACAAGUCUUUUGUGGAGAAGGUUGCCCAGGAGCAGGGCAGCCACCCCAAGUUCCAGCGCCCCAGGAACCUGCGGGAUCAGGCCGACUUCAGCGUCCUGCACUACGCCGGCAAGGUUGACUACAAAGCCAGUGAGUGGCUGAUGAAGAACAUGGACCCGCUGAAUGACAAUGUGGCCGCCUUGCUUCACCAGAGUACGGAUCGUCUCACAGCUGAGAUCUGGAAGGAUGUGGAGGGCAUCGUGGGGCUGGAGCAAGUGAGCAGCCUUGGAGAUGGCCCGCCGGGAGGCCGCCCCCGCCGUGGAAUGUUCCGGACCGUGGGGCAGCUCUACAAAGAAUCCCUGAGCCGCCUCAUGGCCACGCUCAGCAACACCAACCCUAGUUUUGUCCGCUGCAUCGUUCCCAACCAUGAGAAGAGGGCUGGGAAGCUGGAGCCGCGCCUGGUGCUGGACCAACUCCGUUGUAACGGGGUCCUCGAGGGUAUCCGCAUCUGCCGCCAAGGCUUCCCCAACCGCAUCCUCUUCCAGGAGUUCCGACAGCGCUAUGAAAUCCUCACCCCGAACGCUAUUCCCAAGGGCUUCAUGGACGGCAAACAGGCCUGUGAGAAGAUGAUCCAGGCCCUGGAGCUAGACCCCAACCUGUACCGUGUUGGCCAAAGCAAGAUCUUCUUCCGGGCAGGGGUCCUGGCCCAGCUGGAGGAGGAGCGGGACCUGAAGGUCACCGACAUCAUAGUGUCUUUCCAGGCAGCGGCGCGGGGCUACCUGGCCCGUAGGGCUUUCCAGAGGCGGCAGCAGCAGCAGAGUGCUCUGAGGGUGAUGCAGAGAAACUGUGCCGCCUACCUCAAGCUGAGGAACUGGCAGUGGUGGAGGUUGUUCAUCAAGGUGAAGCCCCUGCUGCAGGUGACACGGCAGGAUGAGGUGCUGCAGGCGCGUGCCCAGGAGCUGCAGAAAGUUCAGGAGCUGCAGCAGCAGAGCGCGCGUGAAGUGGGAGAACUGCAGGGUCGAGUGGCACAGCUAGAGGAGGAGCGCACGCGCCUGGCCGAGCAGCUGCGAGCAGAAGCCGAGCUGUGCUCUGAGGCCGAGGAGACACGGGCGCGACUGGCUGCCCGGAAGCAGGAGCUGGAGCUGGUGGUGACAGAGCUGGAGGCACGAGUGGGCGAGGAAGAAGAAUGCAGCCGGCAGCUGCAGAGCGAGAAGAAGAGACUGCAGCAGCACAUCCAGGAGCUGGAGAGCCACCUGGAAGCCGAGGAGGGUGCCCGGCAGAAGCUACAGCUGGAGAAGGUGACCACAGAGGCCAAGAUGAAGAAGUUUGAGGAGGACCUGCUGCUCCUGGAGGACCAGAAUUCCAAGCUGAGCAAGGAGCGGAGGUUGCUGGAGGAGCGCCUGGCUGAGUUCUCCUCACAGGCAGCCGAAGAGGAAGAGAAAGUCAAAAGUCUCAACAAGCUGAGGCUCAAAUAUGAAGCCACAAUCUCAGACAUGGAAGACCGGCUGAAGAAGGAGGAGAAGGGCCGCCAGGAACUAGAGAAGCUGAAGCGACGGCUGGAUGGGGAGAGCUCAGAGCUUCAGGAGCAGAUGGUGGAGCAGAAGCAGAGGGCGGAGGAGCUGCUCUUACAGCUGGGCCGCAAGGAGGACGAGCUGCAGGCCGCCCUUCUCAGGGCAGAGGAGGAGGGUGGUGCCCGUGCCCAGCUGCUCAAGUCCCUGCGAGAGGCACAAGCUGGCCUUGCUGAGGCUCAGGAGGACCUGGAAGCUGAGCGGGUAGCCAGGGCCAAGGCGGAGAAGCAGCGCCGGGACCUGGGCGAGGAGUUGGAGGCUCUACGUGGGGAGCUUGAGGACACGCUGGAUUCCACCAACGCCCAGCAGGAGCUGCGGUCCAAGAGGGAGCAGGAGGUGACAGAGCUGAAGAAAGCAUUGGAAGAGGAGUCCCGUGCUCACGAGGUGUCCAUGCAGGAGCUGAGGCAGAGGCAUAGCCAGGCUCUGGUGGAGAUGGCAGAGCAGUUGGAGCAAGCCCGGAGGGGCAAAGGUGUGUGGGAGAAGACUCGGCUAGCCCUGGAGGCUGAGGUGUCCGAGCUGAAGGCCGAGCUGAGCAGCCUGCAGACCUCGAGACAGGAGGGCGAGCAGAAGAGGCGACGCCUGGAGUCCCAGCUACAGGAGGUCCAGGGCCGAUCCAGCGAUUCUGAGCGGGCUCGGUCUGAAGCUGCUGAGAAGCUGCAGAGAGCCCAGGCGGAACUUGAGAGCGUGUCCACAGCCCUGAGCGAGGCUGAGUCCAAGGCCAUCAGGCUGGGCAAGGAGCUGAGCAGUGCGGAGUCCCAGCUGCACGACACCCAGGAACUGCUGCAGGAGGAGACCAGGGCAAAGCUGGCCUUGGGGUCCCGUGUGCGAGCCCUAGAGGCAGAGGCGGCCGGGCUUCGGGAGCAGAUGGAAGAGGAGGUGGUUGCCAGGGAACGGGCUGGCCGGGAGCUGCAGAGCAUGCAGGCUCAGCUCUCUGAAUGGCGGAGACGCCAGGAAGAAGAGGCCUCGGUGCUGGAGGCUGGGGAGGAGGCUCGGCGCCGUGCAGCCCGGGAGGCAGAGACCCUGGCCCAGCGCCUGGCAGAGAAGACUGAGGCUGUAGAACGACUGGAGCGAGCCCGGCGGCGGCUGCAGCAGGAGCUGGACGAUGCCACGGUGGACCUGGGGCAGCAGAAGCAGCUCCUGAGCACACUGGAGAAGAAGCAGCGGAAAUUUGACCAGCUCCUGGCAGAGGAGAAGGCUGCAGUGCUGCGGGCUGUGGAAGACCGUGAACGGAUAGAGGCCGAAGGCCGGGAGCGAGAGGCCCGGGCUCUGUCGCUGACACGGGCCCUAGAAGAGGAGCAGGAGGCACGGGAGGAGCUGGAGAGGCAGAACCGUGCUCUGCGGGCUGAGCUGGAGGCACUGCUGAGCAGCAAGGAUGAUGUGGGCAAGAACGUGCACGAGCUGGAGCGAGCCCGUAAGGUGGCCGAACAGGCAGCCAGUGACCUGCGGACACAGGUGACAGAAUUGGAGGAUGAGCUGACAGCUGCAGAGGAUGCCAAGCUGCGCCUGGAGGUGACUGUGCAGGCCCUGAAGGCUCAACAUGAACGAGACCUGCAGGGCCGUGAUGAUGCUGGUGAGGAGAGGCGGAGGCAGCUGGCCAAGCAGCUGAGAGACGCAGAGGUAGAGCGAGAUGAGGAACGGAAGCAGAGGGCACUGGCUAUGGCUGCCCGCAAGAAGCUGGAGUUGGAGCUGGAGGAGUUGAAGGCACAGACAUCUGCUGCUGGGCAGGGCAAGGAAGAGGCAGUGAAGCAGCUGAAGAAGAUGCAGGCCCAGAUGAAGGAGCUGUGGCGGGAGGUAGAGGAGACGCGCACCUCUCGCGACGAGAUGUUUACCCUGAGCAGGGAAAAUGAGAAGAGGCUCAAAGGGCUAGAAGCUGAGGUGCUGCGGCUGCAAGAGGAACUUGCUGCCUCAGACCGAGCCCGGAGGCAGGCCCAGCAGGACAGAGAUGAGAUGGCAGAGGAGGUGGCCAGUGGCAAUCUUAGCAAGGCAGCCACCCUGGAGGAGAAAAGGCAGCUGGAGGUGCGACUGGGCCAGUUGGAAGAGGAGCUGGAGGAAGAACAGAACAACUCGGAGCUGCUCAAGGACCAUUACCGAAAGCUGGUGCUACAGGUCGAGUCCCUUACCACAGAGCUGUCUGCUGAACGAAGUUUCUCAGCCAAGGCCGAGAGUGGAAGGCAGCAGAUGGAACGGCAGAUCCAGGAACUGCGGGCCCGCUUGGGUGAAGAGGACGCUGGAGCCCGAGCCAGGCAGAAAAUGCUGAUCGCUGCUCUUGAGUCUAAACUGGCCCAGGCAGAGGAGCAGCUGGAGCAGGAGAGCAGGGAGCGCAUCCUCUCUGGCAAGCUGGUGCGCAGAGCUGAGAAGCGGCUGAAGGAGGUGGUUCUUCAGGUGGAUGAAGAGCGCAGGGUGGCUGACCAGGUCCGGGACCAGCUGGAGAAAAGCAACCUCAGGCUGAAGCAGCUCAAGAGGCAGCUAGAGGAGGCAGAGGAGGAGGCAUCUCGGGCGCAGGCUGGUCGGAGGCGUCUGCAGCGGGAGCUGGAGGACGUCACCGAGUCUGCAGAAUCCAUGAACCGGGAGGUGACCACGCUGAGGAACAGGCUCCGGCGUGGCCCACUUACUUUCACUACACGGACUGUGCGCCAGGUGUUCAGGCUGGAAGAGGGCGUGGCUUCCGAUGAGGAAGAGGCUGAGGGAGCAGAGCCUGGCUCUACACCAGCCCAGGAGUCGGAGGCUCCGCCCCCUGCCACACCCCAAUGAUCCAGUCUGUCCUAGAUGCCCCAAGGACAAAGCCCUUUCCAGUGCCCCUCCUGGUUUGCACUUUGAAAUGGCACUGUCCUCUGGCACUUUCUGGCAUUGAUGAACCCUCCUGGGACCCCAGGACCCCUGCCCACUGGGGCCCCAAACCAAGGAGCUGGGUGGGAGGGAGACCGUGAUGGUCUCUCUUGUUAGAGAAACAAAAUCGAACGUGGAUGUCAAGAAUGCCCUGUCUGCACCUGUUUUCAGCAGGCUUGUCCCUUGGAGAGGGCAGGCAGGGUGCUUCUAUCCCCUCUCAGUAUCUUGCCCUCUUUUUUUUGGGGGGGGGGGUGUCUGUGUGCUCAUAGGGUAGUGCUCAUGACCCCUCAUGCUCCAGACACUAAAGAAAUAAACUGGCUGGACCCUU